UCGAUGUAGACUAUCUUUCAAAACCCGAAGGUUUAUCCAUCUAGCCACAACGAGUGUGCUAGCCACAACGAGUGUACCAUUACUGGCUGGUUGCGGUAAAUGCAUCCGCCGCCGGGUGUCUGUCUGCGAGCAGGUCGUUUUCAGAUUCCAGGAAAUUCGAGAAGAUAAACAAUGAGGAGCUUUGGAUAGCUUUGUGCACGGGUCAUAGAAACCAUUUUUUUCUUAUUUAGAACUGGGAAAGCGAUAACUCAUAACUGUAGUAUAAAGCUACAGCGGGAUGUUUGAGUGGGAAUUUGGGGAGGCAGGACUAUGGAGCAUAGUCCAUGACAACAUGACAACCGCCAUGUGAGGAAGGUUGUCUCACAUACUGCGCUAUUUUUCGAACAUGGAUGUUGAUCAAGGAACUAGCAAGGUUAAUUCAUCACAAAUAGGGGAUGUUCUGGUGCCCCCUUACUGGCUACACACUACCGUUCACAUCAACAAGUUUGGGAAGCACCCAGCGAACAAGGCAGAAGGAUGUCCACAGAACAUCUUGAAUGCUUCGUAUAAUGCCAGCGUUCUGCCAGAGCAAAUCGUCAUUCAAGAAAUUAUGUGGAUGCUGCAUGGAUGGACUCGUUCAUCCUUAUUUGCUCUGGAUGUAGAAGACGUUUGGACCAUUAACACUUUACGUUGUCGGCCUAACGUUUCUCAAGUUUCCCAGGAUGUUGUUGUGAACGUGCUGCAAGAAUUCUGUAAAUAUGCAACCAAAGCACAGCGGACGCGAAGAUUUCUCAAAAAUGCAACUGUUAGCGACGCUGGCGAUUCGGGGAAACGAUCUUAUAUAAACCGUCUUUUUAUUGGAUAUGUUCGGGAGUUUAUUGAUGAAUUUGAUGCCGGAUUGGAGCGACUGAAAGAGCGACUGGUGAAAUCCUUGGAGACCGAGGCGGUUUACGGACUGAUGCAUUUUCGGCGUGAUUUGGAGCAACCCUUCGGUGACUUGGAAUUCGUAUGGAAAAUUCUGGAUCAGUUGUUGAUUCCUUUGGGAGGGGAUAUUUCCGGCGGCAUGUUCAUGGAGUAUAUCUUGGUGGAUUUCCUUUUAGAUGAGUUAGAUUUUAUCUGGCGCACUCAGAACCUUGCACUGGGAAAAUCUGUCUGGAAAAUACUGUCUUUAACUAAAUUGUCGAAAAAGACAAGCUGUGCCAAAGAUUGGGCAAAGAGCAGAUAUUCGGAUAUGGCUGGAUUAAUUACAGGCACGGAGGAGGCCGCGGCCACCGAAGGCAAAGCAAAACCGUUGCCUACGGAUCCUUUGUCGCACUGCAGUUCUCUGCUGUUUCUCCAUUUUCGGACAUUGUAAUUUUUUAUAUCUGGUAUGUGCGGAAAUAUCUGUAUUUUGGAUGCAUAUCUGUAUUUGCAGUAGUCCUUAGAUAUAGGUUUCUUGCCAGUAAUUGUUGAUGGUACACACUUUAUUCGAACGGAAUGCGAUAAUUUCUGUAUUCAAAUACGAUACAGCAAUCUUUUAUUUCGUCUGUCUACCGUAACGUUUCUCAGAAGUAUUAUAGCGAGUAAAUGCUAACCACUUCACCUUGCUUUUUUUUUCGUUUCGUAUGGUUGCGCAGUGGAACAUUUCAAAUAAUAGCAAGCUAAUGCGUAGACAUGUCGUAUUUAAUUAGACAGUACUUACGAUGUGUACGAAUUUUGCAUAAGGAACGCGUUGAUUAGUCGUUCUCAAGGAAUCUCCGGAAAUUCACUUAUAGUAAUUGUCUACUGCAAGUUAUGACUACUUUGCCGCCCAGAAAAUAGGACUCCACAACAUUUAGGUGUGUCGAUAAUAUAUAUUUCGACACUGCUUUGUAACGGUCAGCUGAUGCGACGUAACCGCGGCGUUGCUUUACGGACAAUUAGGUUUCGAUGCGAAGCUACUGAAUGGUACUACUGACCUUGAAAAUGCUGCUGCCCUCGGUUUUGUAUAAAUAUGGGGCCGUUCGAGGUUGUGCUUUAUCAUUUCAGCUUUCGCGAUUUUUCUCUUCCAAAGGUUCGCAGUUUAACAGCCACAAUGUCUGUUACAUUUGCUGUUCUUAGUAGCUUGGUGCUGCUCCAUUUGACAAAUGCUUUUCCCGCCAAUAAGGGGUUUGGCAGUUCGCCAACUGUAGACUGCAAUGCCGCUCGUGCCGCCGCUCUGGAACAUACAGUCCACAACAAACUCCGCCCCAACG